AUGGAGAAGAAACAAGGCAACAACCAAGUCUGGAGAAUGAGCGCUGCGUGGCUGACGGUGGCUGUGCUGCUGCUGUGUGGAGCGAAGGGAGCCGCCAGUCAGUGCUGGGACCAUCCCAAGUGCCAGGUCAUAUCUGAAGGCGGGAUGAUGGAAUGUACCCAGCUGUGUCGCUCCGACCUCAGUGAAGAGCAGCCGCUGCUCCCCGGAGACUCGCACCUUCAGCCUGCCUCCGCCGAGCUGGACCUCUCCCCGGCCCCGGCCUCUCAGGAGAAACGCUCCUACUCCAUGGAGCACUUCCGCUGGGGGAAACCCGUCGGCCGCAAGCGUGAGGCGGCACUGGAGAAGGAGGAGGAGCCGUCUGAGGACACGGUGUGGGAGGUGCGGGAGGAGAGGAGAGCAACCGGGGAGGACCGGCUGCAAGGGCCCGGCCUGGAGAAGAAGGACGGGUCGUACAAGAUGAAGCACUUCCGCUGGAGCGGCCCGCCGGCCAGUCGCCGCUCGCUCAAGAGCUGGGGGGAACAGACCCAGAGGUCACUGACCUCGCUGCUGAAAACCAUGGCCGGCAAGGAUCCGCAGCAGUAGAGAGGGAGGUGAUCACAGGACAGCAAGGUGGUUUUGUCAGGUGUCGUGCUCACGUUUCAAUCUGUCCGCAGCUGCUUCUAGAAGUCAAAUAUUACAUGAAGAUUAGGAAACAAUAAUUCAUGAUCAUGAAGCUUCAACAAGGAAAGACGCUCUACAGAAGCAGACGGAAGGAUUCAACCCUUUAAAGUAUUAUUUCCGGAUGAAUUUCAAGCUUUAUUUUUGUGUAAGUGGAGUAUUUUCAUGAGGGUGAAACCGUUAUAGAUAUUUAUACACAGUUUGUAAUACUCGAUUCUAGAAUUCUCUGUUUCAGUCAGACGUUUGCACCAAGUUAGAAGUGUUUUCAGUGUUUGGAAAUGAAAUGAAAAUAAAGUGAUU